AUGCCUUUUUCUCUUCGUUCUUUUACGAUCAUUGAUAUUUACCAAGAUUGGGCAGGUCCGACCGUAGUUUUAGAAGAUGUUUUCGUCAAAUUGAAACGAACACUAUCUCAUACGGAAUACUUAACAUUCUAUUCAGCAAACUGUGAAAAUAAUGAUGUGUUGAAACGAUAUCGUGGCUAUUGUGAACCAUUGCUACUAUUUUUCGGAAGUAAUGUUUUAGUACACAUCGAACAUCAGAUCAACGUUCCUGUGGUUGAAAAGGCUAUUGACGAGCAAUUGACUAAGGAAUAUCAAGUUAUAAAAGGAAAUCGAAAGCGAGAAACUUUUAAUGAAUCGGUAUUAACAAAAUAUUCGGAGUAUAACAACGCUCAGCAGAUAACGCGAUCAAGCAUAAGGGGAUCAUUGUCCAAUGAACCAAGAUUGUACACAAAUGAUUCAUCAAGUUUGCGAAGUUUAUUAAUAAAAACAGCAGAAAAAAUUGAUCAAGAUCAUUGGAUUUCUCCUGAGUCAUACAACAUAAAUGUGGCACUUUUUGUAAUAAAACCAGAUCUUCUUGCGGGUAGCAAGAAGGAUGAAAUUCUCGAUCAAUUGCGUAACAAAAGCUUCACGAUUCAUACCAGCGCUGACAAAUUAUUAACUGACGAAGAGAUGAUAAAGAUCUUCAAACCAGUAUACUUCUUUCGUCAUGCUCAUAGCUUGUCUUCGUUAAACUAUUUCUUCCAGGAUAUAGAUACCAUCCAUGAAUUCAAUCGAUUUAUGCCCAGUGGGCCAAGCACUUAUGCAAUUGUAUCUAAGGGCCAUACAGGACGAUCGACAUUCGACGAUCUUCGUUCUAUUAUUGGCCCUCAUAAUCCCGAUCUAGCAAAAGCAUAUCAGCCCGAUUCAUUGACUGCUGUCUAUGGAACAGAUUCGAUCAUGAACGGAUUUCAUUCCAGUGCUAACAUGGAAGAAGCGCUAAAAGAAAUUCAAAUCGUCUUUCCUGAUUAUCAGUAUCCAACUAUCGCUGGGAAAUCUAUUGCUGAAUAUGUACAUAAAACAGCGACGUUAUGUCUUCUUGGGCCUGCGCAAGUGCAAACUAAAAAAGAUACUAUCAUUCAAACUAUCAUUCAACAUGGAUUUGAAAUACGUUAUGAACGAUUGUAUCUCUUUCGACCUGAUGAAGUUGAAACACUAUAUAUUAAACAUCGGAAUGAAGAGUUUUUCAAAGCAUUAAUUGACGCGUACACAACUGGACCGUGUUUAUUACUUUACAUAGCCAAAGAGAAUUGUGUGUCAGAUUUCAAUGAAUUUCUUGGGCCGUUUUCUCGUGAAGAAUUCAAUACAAUGCCUGGAACACUUCGACAUGAUUUUGAUGAACCGAAUAUAUCCGUGACAACGAUUCAUGGUUCGGAGAAUACGAUCGAUGCACGAAAAGAACUUGAACAGUUUUUUCCAUACCAACAAACACUGACGAUUAUUAAACCAGGCUUAACAACGAAUCAAAAAGGUGCAGUAUCAUCCGAAAAGAUUUCCGUUGAAUUUUUAUCGAUAUCUUUAGAUGAUAUACUGAAAAGAUUGAAGUCCAAUGAUUUUGUCAUCAUGGCGAAAGAAACGCGACGUUUAACAAAAGAAACUCUUACACAAUUCUAUGCACGACAUCAAGGUCUACCCUGGUUUAAUGAUUUUAUUCAAUAUAUGAGCAGUGAUACGUGUGACAUACUUAUUCUCGCACGUGAAAAUGCCGUCCAAGGUUUACGUGAUAUAAUGGGUCCAGUCGAUCCCGUACGUGCUAAAACUGAUGCCCCAGAUUCAAUUCGAGCAAUCUAUGGUCUCGACAUUAUGCGUAACGGUUUACACGCAUCAUCAAACAAUAAGCACGCUCGUGAAGAAAUUCGCUUACUCUUUCCUGACUAUGAAUUUCUGAAAACUAAACCGAAUCCUUUCCAAUCGAACGUUUUAUCCACUGAUGCAACCGUUUUGAAUACACUAACGAUAUCGAGUGACAACAAUCUCUAUCAUCUAGAAUCACAUGAGAUUAUGUAUGAAUUCGUUGUUCAUACUUAUCAAAACGAGAGUAAACAUGAAGAUUCAGCUGUUUUCAUCACAUUAAUUGGUAAAGAAAGUGAAACGAAGAAAUUUCUUCUACAAUUUGCCGAUAAUACAAUUCAUCCGUUACAAUCCAAUCAAACGGAUAUAUUUUAUUUUCUCGAUCGAGAUGUUAGCGUCCCAAAGUCAAUUCGCUUGUCACAUGAUGGACGAGGUUUUCCAAAGAACUGGAUCCUAGCCAGUGUAGAAAUAACAAUGACCAAUCGGAAUAAAACUUACCGAUUUGACAUCAACGAAUUAAUCGAUGAAGAAAAAACGAAAGUGACUUACUCUGUCACAGACAGUAGAGGUAUACUAUUCGAUAUCGUUGUCGAUUUUGAAAAUAUCUUUGCAGACUUCGAACCUAUGAAACAAGCUAAUUGUGCAAUCAUCAUACAAACAGCCGGUGCUAAGUAUGCGAACACAUUCGCUGAUUGCAGUAUUCUUCUCUCGGGCUCGGAGGGCGUUUAUGCUUUUCCCCUUCAUAAAUCGCUAACGAACCGUGUACCAUUUCAAAACCACUGUCGGGAUAUCUUUCUUGUGGAAGUUGAUGAACAGUUAAAACAAAUUGAAUACGUUGUUCUCGAACAUAACAAUGAAAAUUCUGCACCGGCGUGGUUCGUUGAUUUUGUUGUGGUCAAAUUAUUAAAUUAUCAACAAGAAUAUUUUUUCUCUGUCAACCGGUGGCUCUCAAUCGAUUAUCUUGACGGAAAAACGAAAAUUACAUUGGCAACCAACGAUAAUAAAUUGUCAUAUGAUGAAAAUCUGCUAAACAAUCGAUCGAACCUCAUUCGAUAUGAAAUCCAUCUUGUCACUGGUUCAAUGCCUAACGCAGCGACGAAUUGUCCAGUCUGGCUGACAAUCAAUGGAACUAGAGGAUCGAUCAUUGAUAGAUAUUUAGAAAUAGCAGAAGACGAGCUGUAUCCAUUCGAACCAGACAAUGAGGAUCUAUUCAUUUUAUAUGAUGUUGACAUUGGAGAUAUCGAUAAACUGAUUAUAGGUCAUGAAAGUGUCUCGUCUGAACAGGGAUGGUUUGUUCAAUCGAUUUCAAUCGAUGUACCAUCGAAACAAUUCCACAGUGAAAAAUUUAAGAUCAACAAAUGGCUGAAUUCGAAACGAACAGAUGCUGUGCCGUUAAUGGAGAUUCAAGUAAGAAAACCGGUUAAAUUAGGGAAUCGAAACAUCAAACAACAACGCACGGCUAUCCCUCAAGCAAUUUCGAAUGCAACCUUAGUCUCGACUCAUGAAUAUGAGUCGUCAUAUUGCGUAUAUAUUUUGACAGAAGAUUUGCAAUCGGAUCUGAAUAAAUUGUGUAUUUUCAUUGAUUUGAUUAUGCAUGAAAUCACAUCGACUGGUUAUAUGCGAUUGAAGAGCGAAGGAGCAAUUCGUGAGAAUUUAAACAACAAUGUCCUAGGUAAAUUUCAAGCUGAUGGAAAACGAAUAGAAGAAGUAAGACCCUUCUGUGAUUCAUACUACAUAACUUCGAAAGUGAACAUUUUGCCCGCAAAGAUCACUUCAAUACGUUUACUUCUGCGCGCACCCGAUGGAAUAACAUGUUGGCUACCUCGUUAUAUUCUUGUUCAAAUCACUGAAACCCAGGAAAUAUUUUCGUUUCAGAAUUCCAAAUGGCUUCAUCAUUCAAAUAGUGAUAGUUUUCAAGCAAUUACUCUUCAUAUCAGUGAAACCAUGAUUCAAAGUUCUAAUGCAUCUAUUCCUUCAUUACCAUCAAAUGACUUACAAGGACAAUUGAAUCAGAUCAAACAACGAGAAAGUGACUUCAUCAAUGGCCGAGGCCAUUGUAUUCUAUUCUAUUCUAUUCUGUGUGUGUGCGUGAGUGUUGGCUGCCUUCAUCAUCAUCAUUUCGUCGAAUCGUUCAUUGACAAUAACUUCGUUUUUAAACGACAUAAUUUUCAACUAUCUACGAUGUUUCUUCCACCGAUUGGUCAACCACCAGUCUCAUCAUCGAUACAUGCCAAUGAAAGUAUCAAUGGAGCAAAUAUGAUCAAUACCAGCACAAGCUCAUCAGGUUCAUCAACAUCAAAUGCAAUGGGUCUUCCACCGCCGCCUCAUAUGACAUCGAUGCCAUCGACACCUCCCGGAAAUGGCAUUAUGACAAUGCUUAAUCCUCCACUCGAUCUCUCACCCCCGCCUCGGCCAGAUUUCGGUCGUGAAGGUCGUUCAAUAAAAUUACGUGCAAAUCAUUUUUCAAUUCGAAUUCCUCCGAUACUUAUUCAACAUUAUGAUCUUAACAUUCAACCAGAUAAAUGUCCAAAACGUGUCAAUCGGGAAAUUAUUGACACUAUGGUUAAUAAAUUUCAAAAUAUAUUCAAUUCUCAACAUCCAGCAUUUGAUGGUAAAAGAAAUCUAUACACAAAAGAUCCUUUACCAUUCGGCCGAGAUCGUAUUGAACUUGAAGUCACUUUACCUGGUCCUGGCGAAGGACGCGAUCGAUGCUUUAAAGUACAAAUCAAAUGGGUUACACAAGUUAGUCUAGUUAGCUUACAAGAAGCUUUACAAGGGCAUGGGCCACCUGUAUCGAAUGAAGCUGUUUCAGCGCUUGAUGUUAUCAUGAGACACUUGCCGAGUAUGAAGUAUACACCUGUUGGCCGUUCAUUUUUUUCACCACCGGAUGUUCAAUACAAUCCAUUGGGCGGUGGUCGUGAAGUAUGGUUUGGUUUUCAUCAAUCUGUACGGCCAUCCUAUUGGCGAAUGUCACUAAAUAUUGAUGUUAGUGCCACAGCGUUUUAUAAAUCACAACCUGUUAUUGAUUUCAUGUGCGAAGUACUCGAUAUUCGAGAUAUACAAGAACAACGACGACCAUUGAAUGAUGCACAACGAGUUAAAUUCACAAAAGAAAUCAAAGGUCUUAAAAUUGAAAUAACACAUUGCGGCAACAUGAAGCGUAAAUAUCGUGUUUGUAAUGUCACUCGAAAACCUGCCCAAUAUCAAACUUUUCCUCUUCAACUUGAAACUGGCCAAACAGUUGAAUGUACUGUUGCAAAAUAUUUCUAUGAAAAGCAUCAUAUGAAACUACAAUAUCCUCAUUUACCAUGUUUACAAGUCGGUCAAGAGCAAAAACACACUUACCUACCACUUGAAGUUUGUAAUAUCGUUCCUGGACAACGAUGCAUUAAAAAACUGACUGACAUGCAAACAUCAACAAUGAUCAAGAGUCAAGCCGAUUCACCUCAGGCAACUGCACGCUCAGCGCCCGAUCGAGAAAAAGAAAUUAAUAAUUUGGUGCGCAAAGCGGAAUUUAACAAUGAUGUUUAUGUUACCCACUUCGGAAUCAAUAUUUUAACAAACAUGACUGAAGUCGUGGGUCGUGUAUUAAAUGCACCUAAAAUUCAAUACGGUGGCCGUACCAAAAUCAUUGUAACACCUAAUCAAGGUGUUUGGGAUAUGCGUGGCAAACAAUUUCAUACGGGUAUCGAAAUUCGCACGUGGGCCAUAGCGUGCUUUGCACCGCAGCGCAACUGUAAUGAAGCUGCACUGCGAACGUUUACUCAACAAUUACAACGAAUAUCCAAUGAUGCAGGCAUGCCUAUUGUUGGUCAGCCAUGCUUUUGCAAAUAUGCAACUGGUAUUGAACAAGUUGAGCCUAUGUUCAAAUUUCUGAAAACAUCAUACAAUGGCUUACAAUUGAUCGUUGUGGUUUUACCUGGUAAAACGCCUGUUUACGCCGAAGUCAAACGUGUUGGUGAUACUUUAAUUGGAUUGGCUACCCAAUGUGUUCAAGCUAAAAAUGUUAAUAAAACAACACCGCAAACACUGUCGAAUCUAUGCUUGAAGAUCAACGUGAAAUUAGGUGGUGUGAAUAAUAUUCUCGUGCCAAGCGUUCGACCUAUAAGUGUUUUUCGUGAACCGGUUAUAUUUAUUGGUGCUGAUGUCACACAUCCGCCAGCCGGUGAUCGAUCAAAACCAUCUAUUGCUGCUGUUGUGGGAUCAAUGGACGCCCAUCCGUCGCGAUACGCAGCUACUGUUCGCAUACAAAUGCAUCGUCAUGAAGUAAUUGCAGAACUAUCGACCAUGGUCAGAGAAUUACUUAUACAAUUUUAUAAAUCCACACGUUUCAAACCAGCACGAAUUAUUCUCUAUCGUGAUGGAGUUAGCGAAGGUCAAUUUGCUCAUGUGCUUGCACAUGAAUUAAUGGCUGUGCGUGAAGCAUGUGUUCGACUUGAAGCAUCCUACCAACCGGGCAUCACUUUUAUUGUCGUACAAAAACGACAUCACACACGUCUUUUCUGUGCUGAUAAAAAGGAGCAGUGUGGCAAAAGUGGUAAUAUUCCACCUGGCACCACCGUCGAUGUCGCCAUUACACAUCCAACCGAAUACGAUUUCUACCUAUGUUCUCAUGCUGGCAUUCAAGGUACAUCUCGACCUUCACAUUAUCAUGUCUUAUGGGAUGAUAAUCACUUUUCUGCGGAUGAACUACAAGCGUUAACAUAUCAACUAUGUCAUACGUAUGUUCGAUGUACACGUUCAGUGUCCAUACCAGCACCAGCAUACUACGCUCAUCUUGUUGCAUUUCGAGCACGAUAUCAUUUAAUUGAGAGAGAACCUGAAAGUAAUGAAGGUUCACAUCAAUCAUCGAAUGGUGAUUCCAAUGGUCAACAACAAAUUCAAUUGAGCCGUGCAGUUACUGUACAUCCUGAUUCGGCUCAAGUCAUGUAUUUUGCUUAA